AUGGCCAGACCGAUAACGCCGCAAAAGCUCUUUAAGAUUGGCUCAGCGUCCAUAUCACUGACGGCCGCGGCUGUAGCGCUGCUCAUUACCGACAGCCGGUGCCCGGAGGUCAGGUAUGAUGCGGAGAUGGCCGAGUUGUUGCCGAAGCAGUUUGUGAUGCCUGGCAAUAAGCACGAUGGGGUGACCGUGAAGGAUAUCUUGAGCUACAAGACCGGGAUGGCGCCGCUGAGAGUCCGGCAGUCCAGGUUGCGAGCUCCAUCGUCACCAACGUUGACGACUACAUCAGAUUUGGGGCCGUUCAUCUUUGGCCACAUGGAGAGCGCAGACGCUGCGGGCGAGCUACUGAUACAAAGUGAAGCUGGAGCAGCGUCCCCCGGGGCAGAGGCGAGCGAGCAAAGUCCCGCCCAGGGCAGCCUUGCCCAAAAGAUACCGCUACGUAAUUACUUGGGCGAGUUUUGGAAUUCGGGAUGGCGAGGCAUCAACGUGACUGUUCAAGGGCUUCAUAUUGUUGCUGCAUCACGUCGCCGGGCAGACGACAGAAGGCUGACCGCCCACGGGAUAAUGCCGUCAACCACCGCCUUGCUUCGUGCUUGCUUCAAGAUUGAAGCUGUUGACCUGGACAAUCUCUUUGCUAUUAGCAAUAUCCAUGACAUUCGCUUUCUCUCCAUCCACGCAGUCUCUGCUGCUACUAGUUCGACUUGCUCCCCCCGCCGGAAUCCAACAAAAUCGACGUCAAGAUGGAGUGUCUCCAUCUGA